ACUUUCUUUUUGGAAAGUCCAAAGUGACCAAAUAUUGUAUGCAUUUCUGGCAUUUCUGCUACAACCCAACUCAUAAAAUUUGAUAUUUUUUUUAACCUACUGCCAUCGCCGAGGAGAGUUUCCAGCGACACUUACAAGAGUUUCUGUCUUUUGCUCUUCUUGUUAACUUGCAUUUAGAUUAUAAAUCUUGUGUUUUUUCUCAGCGUCUCACUGGCUAAGUUAAAAGACUACGUUAUGGCGGAGGAGGGUUCUAAAAAAGCUGAAGCAGAGACUGAACCAGGGCCAUCUUCUGUGGUCAAACCACCUGAAGAGGAGCAUGCUCCUGUUAAAGAGAAGGAAGAACCACUUCAUGAAGACCCCGCCAAGGAGAAGUUUCUGAACCCAGUUGAUCAAAAGGUUGCAGAUCCUGUCGCUGAGGAAAAAUCUGGGGAUCCGGUUGGCAGAGAUGCUGUACUUGCACGAGUUGAAUCCGAAAAAAGAUUGGCUUUAGUAAAAGCAUGGGAAGACAAUGAAAAGGCAAAAGCUGAUAACAGGGCAUAUAAAAGGUUCUCUGCCAUUGCAUCCUGGGAGAACAGCAAGAAAGCAUUGGUAGAUGUGCAACUGAAAAAAUAUGAGGAAAAAAUGGAAAGGAAGAAAGCAGAAUAUGCAGAGAGAAUGAAAAAUAAAAUUUCGGAGAUCCAUAAGGCAGCUGAAGAGAAGAGAGCAAUGAUUGAAGCAAGACGAGGUGAAGAUGUUUUUAAGGUAGAGGAGACUGCAGAAAAAUUCCUUGCAGCUGGUUAUACACCUUGGAAGUUCCUUGGCUGCUUUAGUGCUUAAAGAUGUUUCAGCAAAAAAAAAAAAAAAAAAAAAAUUAUCAGGAUUUUGUUUCCUUUUAUUUUUCAAACUUAUUUGAUAAUCGAUUGUAUUGUGUGCUAAGAUAGUGAUGUUUUCUUUGAAGUGUCCUUUGUUGUGGCAGAAUUUG